AUGAAGUUUGGCGAACAAUUGACAAAGUCUUUGAUAAGACAGUACAGUUAUUAUUAUAUCUCUUAUGAUGAUUUGAAAAAUAGCAUCGAACAAGGUCUAAAGGGAAAUAAUAAUGUCUGGUCUCAAGAUUUGGAAACUAAAUUUUUAGAGUCUUUAGAAAUUGAGUUAGACAAAGUUUACAGUUUCUGUAAAGUUAAACAGAGUGAAGUUGUUAGAAGAGUUAAAGAUGCUCAAGAUCAAGUCAGGCACACUGUAAGAGCAUUAGAUUCAAACAACCCUCCUUCCGAGCUGGAUUUCGAUAUUUUGGAGGAAGAACUAAGUGAUAUCAUAGCUGAUGUUCAUGAUUUAGCAAAAUUUUCACGUUUAAACUAUACAGGUUUCCAAAAAAUCAUUAAAAAACAUGACAAAAAGACAAAAUUCAUCUUGAAACCAAUCUUCCAAGUACGUUUGGAUUCAAAACCUUUCUUUAAAGAGAAUUAUGAUGAUCUGGUUGUUAAAAUUUCUCAAUUGUAUGAUUUAGUUAGAACUAGGGGUAAUCCAAUCAAAGGUGACUCUGCUGCAGGUGGUAAGCAACAAAAUUUCGUCAGACAAACAACGAAGUAUUGGGUUCACCCGGAUAAUAUUACUGAAUUGAAAUUAAUCAUUCUAAAGCAUUUGCCGGUCUUAGUAUUCAACACAAAUAAAGAAUUCGAAAAGGAGGACUCUGCAAUUACUUCAAUUUACUACGAUAAUGAAGACCUAGACUUAUAUUAUGGUCGUCUGAGGAAAGAUGAAGGUGCUGAAGCGCAUAGAUUGAGAUGGUAUGGUGGUAUGAGUUCCGACACCAUUUUUGUAGAAAGAAAGACUCAUAGAGAGGAUUGGACUGGUGAAAAAUCUGUCAAGGCAAGAUUUGCUUUGAAAGAAAAUCAUGUAAAUGACUUUUUGAAAGGUGGGUAUACUGUUGAACAGGCUUUUUCAAAAAUUCGCAAAGAUGGAAAGAAAUCCUUAAAAGAAAUCGAAAGUUUGGAGGCCUUGGCAAUUGAAGUCCAGUAUACAAUGUUAAAGAAAAAAUUAAGACCUGUUGUCAGAUCGUUUUACAACAGAACAGCUUUUCAAUUGCCUGGAGAUGCCAGAGUGCGUAUAUCUCUAGAUACCGAGUUAAGUAUGGUAAGAGAAGAUAAUUUUGAUUCAAUCGACAGAACUAAAGGUAAUUGGAGAAGAAUGGAUAUUGGUAUCGAUUGGCCUUUCAAACAAUUGAAUGAUGAAGAUAUUUGUAGGUUUCCUUAUGCAGUGCUUGAAGUCAAAUUACAAACUCAAUUAGGUCAAGAACCUCCAGAAUGGGUACGUGAAUUGGUUGGCUCACAUUUAGUUGAACCUGUCCCUAAAUUUUCGAAGUUUAUACAUGGUGUUGCAACAUUAUUAAAUGAUAAAGCCCAGUCAAUUCCAUUUUGGUUACCUCAAAUGGAUGUUGACAUCAGAAAACCUCCUAUUCCAACUCAUAUUAACAUCACAAGACCAUUGAGAGAAAAUGAAGAUGACGAACAAGGAGAUGAUGAUGAGGAAGACGAGGAUAUUGCAUUGGUCGACGCCAUGACCUCGGCUCCAGGUAAUUAUAUGGAUCAAGAAGAGAGAAUGGGAUAUGGGUCAAUUGCAAACGAACCUUCAGGGAGUACACCAAUAGUUAAUGCAAGCGCAAAUGCCGUUUAUUAUCAAAACAAAAUAGGGAAUUCGUCAAAUAUUCUAUCAAAAUCAUAUUACGAAGUUGCCUCAUUUUUUGAUUCUUACUUUAAUGGUGACAGGAUUAGCAAAGUUCCACAUGGUACUGUUUUUGAUACUCAAGUGAAAGCACCACCUGGUAAAACCAUUUGUGUACCUGUUCGUGUUGAACCUAAGGUAUAUUUUGCGACCGAAAGAACAUUUUUAUCUUGGCUAUCGAUUGCUAUUUUGCUUGGUGGUGUCUCUACCUCCUUACUUACAUAUGGUACUCCAACUACCAUGAUAGCAUCAAUUGGCUUCUUUAUUACCGCCUUAGCUGUCAUUGCUCAUACCACUUAUGUUUAUACUACAAGGGUUGUUAAUAUAAGAUUAAAAAGAGCUAUUGAUUAUGAAGAUAAGAUCGGUCCUCCAAUGAUUUGCGUUUUUUUGACUUUGUCGAUCCUGUUCUCAUUCUACUGUAAUUUAGUAUAA